UACGUACCAUAUGGUACGAGACUCGUUAUGAGCGAUCACGGGACUGACGUAAUAUCGGCAGGCCCCACUACUCGGACCGAAGAUCGGAUCGAGGUUUCAAAGUCCCUGACGAGGAGCAACGGCGCGUCAGUACGUUCUUUUCGUUACCGAAGACAGCGAGGAUGAAGACGUUACUCUCGGCCGUUUUAGUGAUACUGUGCAUCCAGGCUGCGCUCGGCGUAGAUCCUCUCGAGCACAGCAAAGUGGUCUGUUACUGGAACAGUACCGCCUACGAGAGGCAAGGCCCUGCGAAAUUUCAACUCGAGGACACCAGACCCGCUUUGUCCCUCUGCACUCAUCUGAUUUACGGAUACGCUCAUAUCAAUUCAAAUUUUGAAAUCACCCCUGGCUCGCCGAGUUUGGAUACCGGAUCGGGUUACUCUUACUACAGACUCGCCACGCAGCUGAAGCGAUCGUUCCCCGACCUAAAGAUCUAUCUGAGUGUCGGUGGAAACUCCGAUCCUUACGAUGAGGAGCACAAGUACCUCGUAUUGACGGAGACCUCGGAGGGCAGAACGAAGUUCAUCAACUCUGUGAACCGGUUGCUAAAUGACUACGACUUCGACGGAAUUGACCUGGCGUGGCAGUUCCCUCCCGUCAAAGUCAAGAAACAGCGCAGUACUCUCGGCUCCUUCUGGCAUGGUCUCAAGAAACGAUUGGGCUAUGGGAAAUUCCAAGAUGAUAAGGAACAAGAGCAUCGCGACGGUUUCACUAUUCUGGUUCGUGACCUCAAAGCGCAACUCAGGCCGAGAUUUAAGUCUCUGACUGUCACGGUGCUGCCUCAUGUCAACGCAAGCGUGUAUUACGACGCCAGAUUAUUAGCGCCGAACAUCGAAGCCGUACAUCUUUUUGCUUUCGAUCAGAAGACACCGGACCGCAAUCCGAAGGAAGCGGAUUAUCCGGCUCCGAUUUAUGGCAGUUACGGACGUGUUGCGGAUGACAAUGUUAACGCUGCGUCAAGUUAUGGACACGUGGGGGAUGACAAUAUUGAUUCGGCAGCAAGAUAUUGGCUGGAGAAUGGCACUCCUGGCGGUAAAAUUGUUGUCGGUAUCCCCACGUACGCUCGCACGUGGAAACUGACUGCCGAUAGCCAAAUCUCGGGGGUGCCGCCUAUCGUGACUGAUGGUCCGGGUGGUCCUGGACCCAACACCAACGAAGAGGGCUUGCUGUCCUACACGGAGAUGUGCUCCAAGCUGACUGAACAUGCGGCGGGGCGACUGCGACGUGUCGGCGACCCAUCCAAGAAGUAUGGUAGCUACGCGUAUCAGUCGUACAACGCCGACACGGGAGAGCAAGGGAUCUGGGCGGGUUACGAGGACCCGGACACCGCCGGCAAUAAGGCUGCGUUCGUCAAGUCGAAGGGCCUCGGCGGUAUAGCGAUCGUGGAUUUGUCGUUGGACGAUUUCCGAGGAGUUUGCACCGGCGACAAAUAUCCCAUUAUCAGGGCAGCUAAGUACAAGCUGUAGCUGACGUAGAAGCGAAGAAUAUAUUUUGAUGGUCGAGAUUAAAAUUAAAAAAUAAUCCUGUUUGUUUCGCGAAGAUGCCUUGGGUGACUGUUCGUGUACAAAAGUUAUUACAUUCAUAUACGCGUGACCCGCGUUAUCGGGGAUUCUCAAUAAGAUCGGGAGGAUAACUUUUUUGAAGAGAGAA